AUGGGAGGAACCAAUGUUACCCUGCUCUCUGAGUUUAUCAUGUUGGGAUUGCCAGGCCUGCAGGAGCACAACACUGCUCUCUUCACCUUCUUCCUUAUCCUCAUCCUGGCCACCCUCCUGGGAAAUCUGCUCAUCGUGGUGUUAAUUUCCCUAGAUCAUCGACUCCACACACCAAUGUACUUCUUCCUCUGGAACUUGGCUGUGUUAGAUGUACUAAUAACUGUCACUGUCAUACCCAAGUUGUUGGCAGUUCUUUCAGGACAUGACAAGACCAUAUCUUUCUUUGGUUGUUUUGCACAAAUGUAUUUUUUUAUCUCAUUUGCAGCUGUUGAAGCAUACCUUGUUGCAGUCAUGGCUUAUGACCGGUAUGUUGCUAUAGUAAAACCUCUGCAUUACAAUAACGUCAUGAGCAUGAGGGUCUGUAUUACAAUGAUGGCCUCAAUUUGGGUGUUGGGCUUCCUUGCACCCUUAACAUCUGUUAUACUGGCAAGCACUUCAUCAUACUGUGGAUCAAAUCAUAUCCUUCACAUUGUCUGUGACUACCCCACUGUAAUGUCAUUAGCCUGUGGUGAUGUCACAGCACAAGUGAACCUUGCUUUGUGCCUUGCAAUGGCUGGAAUUUACAUUCCUGUUCUGUUUGUACUUUGGUCCUACUACAGAAUUAUAUGCUCAGUGAUAAAGAUGAAAACAUUGCAGAGCCGUAAAAAGGCCUUCUCAAUGUGCUCUUCACAUGUGAUUGUUGUCUUCCUGUACUAUAUGUCCAGUGCUGUGGUGUAUAUCGGCAUGAGAGUGGAAGCGCCGACUGAGAUGCUGGCAGCGCCAGUCCCCUUGGAGCAGGCCCUCCCCUGGGAAGGAGGAGAUGGCCAGUGCGGCGAUGCUGGGGCAGCAACGACAGCUGGUCAUCUGCCACAGCUGUGGGUAGAGGGGGCACAUCGACCGGGAGUGCUGGGCACUGGAGCCCCGGGGACUCCGGAGGCCGUCAGGAAACGGGAGCGGGGCGGCCUAAAUGGGCCCUUGAGCGACACUACCCUCGCUCCGGAAAGCCAGAAAGAGUGCUUCCCCCUGCCUGCUGCCCUCGUCGACACCAGUUUAACCAUCACCUGCGGGGGUGGCAGGUGCCCUCCAGCGGCAAGGUCACUGCUUGGCGGCCUCCGGCUGACCAUGCACCGCUUGGAGAACCGCCCCACGGAGUGA